AGAGCUGAGAGCAAGGAAUGCUUCAAGAAUUUCUGCCAUCAUCACUCUACCACUGUGGAAUUGCUCUUCCCUGCGAAGUCUUCUGUAACGUCUUCACCACUCAGAUCGUCCCACUGCCUGAGGAGACAGACCAUGAGACUGCUGGUACACUUCAGCAUGCUGCGUUCCUUUGUCACUGCUGUGAAACGUUAUUCUGUUACAUCUCAAACCUCAGACUUUGAGAACACUUACCGGCUCCAAGAGGCCUACCCUUACUUUCUACCGAUUCAGAGCCGUUGGCAAGACAAUGAUCAGUAUGGCCAUGUGAACAACAUAGUGUAUCACGGAUACUUCGACACUUUAAUCAACCAUUAUCUUAUCAGGUACUGCGGAUUAAAUGCAAAUCGCCAGACCUCGUCGAUGGUGGGGUUUAUCGUGAGCUGCAAAUGCUCAUUCCACGCACCUAUGAUGUUCCCUCAGAACCCCCUGGCAGCCCUCGGGGUGGAAAGGAUUGGCCGAUCUAGCGUGACCUACCGGGCGGCUCUGUUCAAGCCGCGCCGUGGCCGAAUCUCGCUGUCCUUGGAUUACAACGCCCUCUCCGACGGGUGCUACUCAGGCAGCCCGUUACUGGCCGGCUUCGAGAUCAUAGCCUGCACCACAGCAAGAUACACGCACGUUUUUGUAGAUGCAGCCAGCGAGAAGCCGAAGGAGCUGCCCGAACACUUCCGGAAGCAACUCGAAAAAAUUCUGAUGCAGCCAAGAGCUGCCUAAUCAAAUGCUUUAAAAAGCAUUUCUCUUGCAAGGUAAAUUUUGCGUCUGCUCACGCCUGCCAAGUUGGAAAGUUACCCGAGAAAUCUCUCCAGUUUCGUACCCAUUGAUGGUUCCUUAUGCAAUCACAAUCUCUUGGCAGCUUUGGCUGGAGUCGAGGACCUCGUCCCCAGCUCCGAGCCAAAUUUACCUUUAAGAGCAAAUUAAAGCCUUGGCAAAGGAGCAGCUGUAGAAUUGGGUUUUGUGAGAAAUUAAUUCUGUCAACUAUAUUCGGCUGCCGUGUAAUAAUUUUCCGGCAUCUCUGCAAACCUGAUCUGAAUAUAAAUCUACUAUUUCCUUUCAACCAGCUAUAUAGAUUCCUGAAUACUUCUAAAAAUCAAAAAGUGUACCAGAUUACUGUCAUUAAACAUUACAUAAAAUUUUACAGCACUGAAGUAUGUCGUUCAGUCAAUUCCCAGUGUUUCUGCUCCUCAGAAGAUUCCAAUUACUUCAUCUGCACCUCGCACUAUAUCCUUCCACUCCUUGAUCCCUCAUUCGUGUGCCUAGAUUUUGCUCAAGGCAUCACAACAGAUAGUUUAGCCCAUCUCACAUUAAAGGCUCCGGUGCCUAUCCAAUAGAUGAUGUUACGAAGAUCUUUAAUUGGCAUGAGAAAUUUUGCAAUCAUAAUUCUUUUUGACAUCCAAGCUGUGGUCCGGUUUCACAAUGCGAUCUCUUUUCCACUGGGCUCAUAUCAAAUACAAAUUGCAUGAUCGUUUUGUUGAGCACCUCUGCUCAGUCCACAAUAAGGACCUCCACUCUCCAGUUGUCUGUCAUUCUAAUUAUCCCCUAUCCAUCCCAUGCUAGCCAUCUUACAUUGGCGCCCAAACCAGCAAUUCCUGUAUUUUAAAAUGUUAAUGUUUAUUUUCAACUGUCUCCAUGGCCUCUCCUCUCCCUUUGCUGGUAACCCUUUCUAUCCUUACAACUCUGCAUUUCUCCAAUUCUGGCUUUUUCCCAGUUUGGAUCACUCCAUCUGUGGCGAACACACCUUCAGCUGCUCAGCCUCACACUCUGGAAUUCUCAUCUUCAACUUUUUCUCACUCUAUCUGUCUUCUUUAAAAUGCUUAUUAAAAUCUAUCUCUUUGAAGUGCAUUGAUCAACAAAGUCAAUAGGCAAGUGGGGGAAGCAUGCAGGAAGGUCUGCAAGACUGCUAAGCAUUGAAUAUGUUAACAUGACAUGUAUGCAAAGUGAUAAGAUUUACAAAAGGGAAAUCAUGCUUGGCAAAUCUGCUGGGAUUCUUCAAGCAUGUGGCUCAUAGAGUUAAUGAGGGAGAGCAAAUGGAUGUGGUUUAUUUGGACUUUGAGAAGGCUUUUAACAAUGCCCCCAUAAGAUAUUAAUGUUUCAAAUAAAAGUGCAUGGGGUAGGGGCACUAUAUCGGUAUGGUCACAAAGUUGGUUUGCAGACUGGAAAUGAAAAAUAAAUGUGUCUUUUUUUGAAUAGCAGCAGUGACUAUUGGGGUACCACAAGUAUUGGCACUAAGUCCACAGCUAUUCACAACAUAUGUUAAUAAUUUAGACAAGGGAACUAAAUGUAAUAUCACAAAAUUUGCAGAUGACAUAAAACUGUGUGGGAAGGUGAAAUUUGAGGAGAAUGCAGAGAUGUUUCAGAUUCUUUCUAUUUAAGAUAUUAAAGACCUCAAUUUUGAACACCUCUAUGAAAUCUCCUCUUAAAUUGUAUUACUUUGUUGUGAAGAGAAUAAUCUUGAUUUGUCUAGCAUCUACACAUGACUAAUUUUUUCAUCUCUGCAUUUAUUGUCUGCCUUCAUUCUCUGUUGCAUUCCCUAUAUCUCUGCAAUUUUGUCUUCUUUACCCAAUUCUCUUUUGAAUGUGACUAUCAAAUGUAUUUCCACCACCCUGUCAAACUCUGAAUAUUUUCUAAAUCCUAAUCACUCGUGCAAGAAUGAUGUUCUCUAUGAUGUUACUAGUUGUUUUGCCAAUUACUUUAAAUUUGUGACCUCUUGUUAUAAACCCUUCCACCAUUAGCAACGGCUUCUUUUUAUUUAGUCUAACCAAGCCAUUCAUAAUUUAAGCACUACAAAAGUGAACAACCCCAACUUUACAAGUCCCUCCACAUAACUACAAUCUCCUAUCCCUGUAACUGUUCUACUGAAACUCUUCUGCGCCCUUUCUAAAUGCUUCAUGUCCUUCCUAAACUUUGAUGCCCAAAUUUAGACGCAUCCUGAUAAUUCCUUCAUUUUUCUUUUUAUUCUCCCACUUACCUCAUACAUUUGAAAAAGGGGUCAAUUCUCCCCUUCUUGUUGAGAGUCGCUGGUCAAGAUGAUUGCUGAUUUAAUUGUAAUUGUAAACACUUUUCAUUAUUAAAUGCUAAAUAUUUGGCUUUUAUUUUACUA